AUGCCGCGAGAAGAAGUGAUAGACGUUGUCAGAGACGAGCGAACGCCCCUUUUGCAACAACAACAACAGCAGCAGCAAUCAGAACCACACAAUGCGAAAUCAGAAGCAUUAGGCCUUCUCUUAAUGACGCUCUCCGCUUUGGCAUUUUCUACAAUGUCUCUUUGCGUCAAAUUGAGCGGUGCUCAAUUCCCUUCAUUUGAGAUCGUGUUGGCACGAUCGAUCGUCCAAGCCGGCCUCGGUAUUAUUGGCAGUAUGUGGAUUGGCAUCAAUCCGUUUGGUCGAAAGAGUGUACGCAAAUGGCUUGCUCUCAGAGGCACUGUCGGUUCUUUUGGAUUGGCCUUGUUCUUUUACAGUAUUACACAACUGCCCCUUGCAGAUGCAACUGUGAUCUUCUUCCUCAAUCCCACGUUCACGGCUAUCUUGGCUGCUCUCGUCCUUGGUGAACCUUUCGGAUGGUUUGAAGGGCUAUGCGCAGCACUGUGCAUGCUUGGCGCCACUUUGGUAUCCAAGCCAGAAUUUUUGUUUGGCGACGAUCACGACGUCCCGCAAGACUCCACAGCAGCUGGACGCAUGUUUGCUAUCUUUUGCGCAUUGCUUGGUGCUGUCAUGUCUGCAUUUGCCUAUGUCACUGUCCGUAAGAUCGGCAAAGGUGCCCAUUUCUUGGUUCACACUGUAUACUUUGGAUUGAUUUCAUGUGUUAUUUCGCCACCUGCUCUCUACAUGUUCCAAGAGUUUGUUUGGCCCAAGGGCUGGAAGGAGUAUGGCAUUCUUUUUAUGACUGGUGUCACUGCAUUUAUUGGCCAGUGUCUACUCAACAAGGGACUGCAACUUGUUCCUGCUGGACCAGGGACGCUGAUGCGUAUGAAUGAUGUCGUGUUUGCCUUUAUCUUUGGCAUCUGUGUCCUCCAUGAAUACCCUGAUAUAUUUAGUGUCACUGGUACGCUCAUUAUUGUUUCCAUGACAACAGCCAUUGGCUUACGCAAAUGGUACAACAGCAAAAUCUCUCGAGGAUAG